AUGUCUUCGCAAUUACCGCUUAAAGUUGCUAUCAUCGGAACAGGUAUUUUUGCCAAAAACGAGCACCUGCCCUCUUUUCAAAAACUUCCCCAUCUUUUCAAGGUGCACGCCUGUUACAAUCGCUCCCGUGGAAAAGCUGAAGAGUUUGCAAAACUUGCAGGAAUUACAACCAUAUAUGAAUCCUUGGAGGAUGCUUUCAAGGACCCAGAAAUCGAUGUGGUUGAUGCGUUGCUUCCUGUAGAGUAUAACGAAGAGGUUGUUGCGCUAGCUGUGAAGUACAACAAGCCACUUUGUUUCGAGAAACCGAUUGCUGCCACUCUCGCCGCAGCUCAUAAGAUAGUUGACCUUGCCGCGACCCCUGAGGCACCUCUUAUUGUGGUUUUGGAGCAAUGGGCGUACUAUAAGGCGAUCCCCUUGAUUAAAGAGAAGCUGGAAAGGAUUGGAAACGUGGUGUCGUUUGCGUAUUCGUCAACCGGUCAGUUCAAUUUCAAUAACAAGUAUCUUGCGACCACUUGGAGGCAAAAACCAAAGCAUGUCGGGGGCUUUUUGUCCGACGGAGGAGUUCAUCAGUUGGCUCUGCUAACGGGUAUUCUUGGGCCAGUUGCAUCGGUUUCUGCCCGCUCUAGACAAGUCCGUGAGCAGAGUGGAACGGACGAUGUGGCCUACUCUCUCUUCACGACGGAUUCGGGGGCCAUUGGAUCGUUCACCUAUGGAUCUGCGUUUGGAAACACUGCAAAGACCUGCUACUUCCAGAUUUUGGGCGACAACGGGUCAAUUUACUACGAUUUUUCACCCGGUUCGAAGCCAACUGUGACCGCACGCUACGGAGGAGCCACUCCGGAAUCGAAAAACUCGGAGGAAACCAUAGUUAUAGAGGACGAAAACUUCGGAGCAUCGCAGGAGUUGAAGCUUUUCGGCGAGGCGCUGAUAUCGGGGGACUCAGCAAAUUGCAUCACUGUUCCUGAAUUGACUUUCCACCAUCUUGCAAUUGUUGAUGCGAUUGUGAACUCCAAUAAGGAAGGUGGAAAAGUGAUUGAUGUGGAGAAGCUAUGA